AAACCAAGAGCACCUCUUUGUUGGUUUCUGGCUCACCCUCUUGUUGCUUCACUGUUACGCACGUCAAUCUUGUCCUGUUUGGGUAAGAAACGAAUGAACCAAAAUCAAACGGUGGUCAGACCAUACCACCACCACACCGGGCCCACAUCGCACCUGGUCCCCGCAUCCUAUUAUUCUUCGGUUCCGAUGUAGAGUGGUUGACCUUUCAUCUUCCAGAGUAGCGUGUGCCUCUCACGCCAAUCAAUCUAAUUCCACACGCCUCUCCUCAAUACAAUAACAUCGAUUACCCAUCUUAUGUCAAGAGCCCCUGUUUUUCUUAUCUGUUUUUCUAACCACUAUAAAUAUCGCUGUAUCUUAGUCAACACUUACCUGGAAACUACCUUUGCAAUUUGCAAUACAUUCUACUAGUACAACAAAUUUCAACAAAGUUUAACAAACUCCUAUCUUGUACUACUACUAAUAACAUGUUGUACUACAAUGCAACUUAGGUUCAAAGUCACUGGUCUCAUUUCUUGUCACUUUUCCCAUGACAAAGACAAAUAUAAAUUCAUGCUUCCAGGGUUUACAACCGGUGAAGAAUCAUAGUACAACAAUACUACAGUUCAUUAAUUCAAACCCUGUAUUGUCGUUUCUCACAAACAUUCAAUUCUACCAUCAAAACAAAAGUUACUAGAUUGGAAGAAUCUGUGAAUCCAAUGAAUACUAUAAACAAUGAAGAAGAAAGAGAGAUAGAAAAUAUAGAAGCGGGUCCAGUGGCGGCUAUGGAUGAGGAAGUGAAUAGAAUAGCACCUUGGAGGAAACAGAUUACGGUUCGAGGAUUGAUAGCUAGUUUGGUGAUUGGAGUAAUUUAUAGUGUGAUUGUCAUGAAACUGAAUCUCACAACUGGAUUAGUCCCUAAUCUAAAUGUCUCUGCUGCUCUACUUGGCUUUGUGUUUAUUCGAGUUUGGACUAAGAUUCUUGCAAAAGCUAAGAUUGUUUCAGUUCCAUUCACUAGACAGGAGAAUACCAUCAUUCAAACUUGUGCUGUUGCUUGCUAUAGCAUCGCCGUAGGAGGUGGUUUUGGGUCUUACCUAUUGGGGUUGAAUAGGAAGACUUAUGAGCAAGCAGGGAUUGAUACACCGGGGAAUACUCCUGGUAGUACUAAGGAGCCUUCAAUUGGUUGGAUGACAGCAUUUCUAUUUGUGACGAGUUUUGUUGGACUUUUAGCGUUGGUCCCCAUUAGAAAGAUCAUGAUAAUAGACUACAAAUUAACUUAUCCAAGUGGAACUGCUACUGCGGUUCUUAUUAAUGGAUUCCAUACGCCUAAAGGAGAUGUCAUGGCCAAGAAGCAGGUUCAUGGAUUCGUGAAAUUCUUUGCGUCGAGCUUUGUCUGGGCGUUCUUUCAGUGGUUCUUUACUGGUGGAGAUACUUGUGGAUUUGUUCAAUUUCCUACUUUUGGAUUGCAAGCGUGGAAAAACUCAUUUUACUUCGAUUUCAGUAUGACUUAUGUUGGAGCAGGAAUGAUCUGUUCUCAUCUUGUUAAUUUAUCCUUACUUCUUGGUGCUGUGGUUUCAUGGGGCAUCAUGUGGCCAUUAAUCAGAGGACUAAAAGGAGAAUGGUUCCCUGCAAAUAUAAAAGAAAGUAGCAUGAAGAGUCUCAAUGGUUAUAAGGUUUUCAUUUCCAUUGCCUUGAUUCUUGGUGAUGGGUUUUACAAUUUUCUCAAAGUUCUCUAUUUCACUGCCACAAAUAUCCAUGCCAACAUGAAAAAGAAGAAUCUUAGUAAUACAUUUUCCGGUAACCAGAAACAGUUGCCUCUUGAUGAUCUAAGACGCAAUGAAAUGUUUGCAAGAGAAAAUAUUCCAAUAUGGUUGGCAUGUACAGGAUACAUUUUUUUCUCUGUCAUCUCUAUUGUUGUAAUCCCGUUGAUGUUCCCUCAGGUGAAGUGGUAUUUUGUCUUGUUUGCAUAUGUUUUUGCGCCUUCUCUUGGCUUCUGCAAUGCUUACGGUGCUGGAUUAACCGAUAUGAACAUGGCCUAUAACUACGGAAAAGUAGCUCUCUUUGUACUUGCAGCCUUGGCUGGAAAAAGUGACGGUGUAGUUGCUGGACUUGUAGGGUGUGGUUUGAUUAAAUCAAUUGUUUCGAUUUCAUCUGAUUUGAUGCAUGAUUUGAAGACAGGCCAUCUCACAUUGACUUCGCCGCGCUCGAUGCUUGUAAGCCAAGCAAUUGGUACAGCAAUAGGUUGUGUUGUUGCUCCUAUCACAUUCUUCCUUUUUUACAAGGCUUUUGAUGUUGGGAAUCCAGAUGGUAUUUACAAGGCUCCGUAUGCUAUAAUAUAUCGAAACAUGGCAAUUUUGGGCGUGGAAGGUUUUUCCGCACUUCCAAGUCACUGCUUGCAAUUGUGUUGUGGAUUUUUUGUAUUUGCAAUAGCGGCUAAUUUGGUGAGAGAUCUUGGCCCGAAAAAAGUUGGCAAAUGGAUUCCACUUCCAAUGGCUAUGGCUGUGCCUUUUCUCGUUGGUGGUUACUUUGCCAUUGACAUGUGUAUGGGAAGUUUGAUUGUGUUUGCGUGGCAUAUGCUGAACAAAAGGGAAGCGGGUUUGAUGGUUCCUGCAGUUGCUUCUGGUUUGAUUUGUGGAGAUGGAUUAUGGAUUCUUCCUUCAUCCAUUCUUGCUUUGUUAAAGAUUCGUCCCCCGAUUUGCAUGAGCUUCUUCCCAUCUAGGUAGAAUGUUCGGAUUUGGACAUGUUGCUUGGGUUACAAUUAUCGAAGUCAACCGUCCAAUUUCAAAUUAUAUGUCAUAAUCAUUUUUUAGCUGAUUAUGUUAUUGUGAAAUCUGAAUUGUAUCAUCUCAGAUUAUAGGCAGAAAUCUUGGUUCAAAGUUCACACUCAGUAAUAUUCACUUAUAGAGAUUAGAGGAAAUAGAUGUAGCUAUGGUCAUAAUGUCAUUACAUAGGAGGCUUGGUACUUAGUUAUAUUAUAUGUAUAUAUAAAUAUUACAUGAUUUGGAAUUCCUUGUUUUUUGGAUGAAAAACUUUGGAAUCCAGAUUGAUAUAUAAAUCCAACUCAUAUUUGCACAAGAAGAAUAAAUUUUGAGCACAAGACAUGUCCCUCUUAAGUGAAUUUAAGUUUAGAUCAUAGAUUAG